AUGUCGAGCAAAUGCUAUACCACCAACACCUCCAGCACCAUCAUGGCCAUGGUCAUGAUCAGAGGGGCCUCCAAAACCGAGCCAUCUGCGCAUCGGAGCAGUCUGAAGAGACCGUUCUCGGACUGGCAGGAAUACUCCACCGUUGAGCGGAUUUCCGCCGACAGCCAUGGCUGGUUGAGUGGAGCUAUCCGAGCGAUGUCGGCAAACCGGCCAACUAGGCGCAGGGACCACCGCCAGGCGGGUGGAUUUCAAAGAGAAGAAACCAUCCGCGAGCACGAAAAUAUUCGGAAGGUUGAAUGCUCACCCGCAAACGGAUCUAUCGUCCCGACCUAUCCUUUCGAAAUGGAUGAUCAGGUGAAUCGGACUUGGGAUGAGAAGUUGGGCUCACAGGGAUGA